ACACCAUCACUCCCCUUUCUAUAUAUAACUCAUAAGUUCAUUGUCUAUUUGUCUCUCCCCACAUAUAUAUAAUUUAUAUAUAAUAUCUAGAUAUAUAUAUAUCAACCUCUACAUAUCAUAUAAUUUAGUUUCUUCAUUCCUUAGCUUCCAUGGAAAGAAAGCACUUGCCUAGGCAGCUUGCCACCAUGAGGAAGUCUCUUUUUGAUCAGGGGUAUCUAGAUGAUCAAUUUGUUCAGUUGGAAGAGCUGCAAGAUGAUGUUAACCCUAACUUUGCAGAGGAAGUUGUCACUUUAUUCUAUCGAGAUUCUGCUCGCUUAGUGCAAAACAUUGAACAUGCAAUGGAGAGAAGUCCUCUUGACUUUGCUAAGCUGGAUGGGUUGAUGCACCAGUUCAAGGACAGUUGCUCAAGCAUUGGAGCCAGGAAGGUGAAAUAUGAAUGCACGCAGUUCAGGGAGCAUUGCAGGGUGGCAAAUGCAGAGGGAUGCAAGAGAAGUUUUCUGCAGCUAAAGAAAGAAUAUUCCACACUCCAAAAGAAGCUCAAAGCUUAUUUUCAGUUUGCAAGACAAGCUGGGCCUGUUGAGGUGGCAUGUCGCCCUAACUGAGCUCUUCAACGUUGUCCAAGUUGCCUGUAUAUAUCUCUGUAAAUCUUCAAUGAAACGAAUGGGAUCAGUUCUGUUUUUUUAUGUCUAAUAAAUUUUAAUUUUGCUGUCAAAAAAAUAAAUUGUAAUUUCUAUAUUUCAUGUAAUAUAUUUGCAAAAUUUUGACUUUUCUUCA